CAAGAAACUGAUGAACGAAAUAAAAUGGAAUUUUAAAAGCACUAUUGUGAAUAAUGUGAAAAGUCGAAAAGAAACGGGCAUAACAUUUCAGAACUUUCAAGCAGGAUGGUGUAAGUUUUAAAUUCAAAUGGGGUCAACUGCAUCAAACAACGCGUCUCAAACGUCGGGAAAGAAUGGCGAUCAUGACAGAGUGAGUAUUUAAUUAAUGCAUGCAUGCAGAAAUAUGUGGCAAAUAUUAGAACGCUAGAACGUAUACCCGUGUAAAUAUGGUGACAUUAACUGCUUAUUGGGUGUGUAUAUUACACACAAUUUAUUACAACCAAAAACAUGAGCAAGUUUGCCAGGAUGGGACAUUUGCCAGGAUGUGAUGUUUGCCAGCUUUUGCCCAGCUAAUGGGAUGUAUAAAUCAGGGACAUUUGCCAGGAUCACAGGAUGGGAUGUUUGUCAGGAUGGAAUUUUUCCCAGGAUGAUAUUUGCUGUGAUGGCUGUAUGUUUGUUUGUAUUUUUUAGUCUCAGUUUUCUUCGAAAAAAAAACACUUAAGAAAUACGAAAACAUGUUCCUAGCUUGUCAGCAAUCCAAAGUAACAAUAAAAUCAAAUUUUUAUUACAGUAAUUUGAAAAAAUGCAGUGGAAACUGCCAAAAUUUUUACGUUCUACGGCAAUUUUUAACGCCAUUGCCAUCGAUUUAUCUCAGGGAAAUUCGAGGCCUGCUUAUUGGUACAGUUUGUUUAAGCCUGGUUCACAGCCUGCACUAUCACUGUUUACAGUAGGCACGGAUUUUCUGGGGGGGGGGGGAGUGAUUGCACCCCCCAGAGGCAUUUGGCACCGCCCCCAAAAGUUUUUGCACCCCCGCAAAUUAUUAUAUAUUUUGAUUUGAUAGUUUUAUAUUUGAUUACUCUUACUACUAAAUUUGUAAAAUUACCAAUAUUAUGGUUUCAGAUCUCGCCAUGCGCGCAGGCCUAGAAAACAAAUUUUGUUAAACAUUUUCCUUGGCCUUUCCGGGCGUUGCCACCACACCCCGGGCAAAGCAAGCAGCAGCCCCCCCCCCCAGAUAUUUAUCCACCCCCCGAACGAAAAUAUGAAAAUCCGUCUCUGGUUUACAGCUGUUGAUGCAUUACAUUAUUUUGUGAAUUAUUUGGUUGAACGCACUGCUGAUGACAUUAUAGCUGGCCCGCUGACAUAUACUGUAGGUAUAUGUGAACCAGGCUUUAGCAGUAUGCAACAGGCAGAAACAAAAGUACCCUGAGAAAACCUAUUGCAUAAUAUGUGCAGGUAUCAAACAGAACCUGGUUGUAGAUUUUGUAACAUUAACAUGAACACUCUCAUGCUAGAAGUGCUUUACUAUUGCUGUAUGAACUUGUGUACAAUUUACAAGUACAAGUAUUUAAUAGUUUCGAUCCCCUUGACGAGUGAGUAAAAUACUUUGAAGGGUUUGAAUAGGGUGUAUAUUCAUAAUUUAAUUCAUCAUGAAUUUUGAAAUAAAAAAUAAGGUUCUGACAGCUACUGUAGUCUUUCAAACCCAAAGGUUUUUUUGGGUGGUGUCUUAUAGAGAUACAGUAUGUAAAGCAUUGCAAAGUCUCAUUGUGGGGGUGACUUUUGAGCCACACUGUACUAAUCUGAUAAAUAAAAAACAACCUAUACAAAUAUAUAUUACAUAAUUACAUGCAGAUUAAGAAUGGUGGAAGGGGCAAUCUCUUGUGAGCGACCAUGUGCAUGCCAUAUCAACAUUAAAAGUCAAUACCUACAAAUGCAAGAGGUAUAAAUAUACUUUCUAUUGGUUAGAAUUUUUAUCUUUCUUGGGGAAAUAACAUUUCAGACCCUGCAUAUUUCACUCAGAACAUUUUCUGUGACCAAUGUUCCCAUGGUCCGAUACUUUUUCCAACCCUGGUAUUAAUAGUACUGUAUAUAUAUUCACGAACUUUAUGGAAAACGAUUAUUUUUCAGAUAUUGUCUGUGCAUUCGCCUGCAUUACUGGAUUUAGGUCAUGGAACAGUAAGACAUCGCAAUAUCGCCAAAAUACAAACAAAUCCAGAUGUACCUACUAAAACAAAGACUGGCUAUUUUUAUCAUCCAAAGCUUGAUGACUACAGUGAAGGUUAGUUUAAUAAUAAAAGUACUCGAAAGCAAUUUCUCGAUAGAAAUAUUGUAAUUUGCAAGUAAGACACUUAAUUGUUGUUACAAUGUACUUAAUACGUCCUACUUUGUUCUACUCUGUCGAAUGAACAUGAUUUGUGCUUGUCCAGGACAAGAUGAGCUAGGGUGGAGAGCGUUAGCGAUCGAUAAACCAAACAAUCUGCACAAGUCUCAAGCAUGUUAAACCCAUCAACCCAUUUGUUGACGAACCUGAUGAUUAACAUUCACUAUAUAAUCAACUGUAAAUACACUUAUUAUAGAUUUAAAUACACUGUACAUUUAUUUAGGCCUAACCAGGAGAGGCUGCAAAAAAUGCAACUAUUCAUAUUGUAGGCCUUUGGCAUGAACAUCUACAAAAUCCUUCUCAACAUUUAUUUGAUAAAUAUAGUUUUAUCAUGCAUAAUGAUGAGAUGGGCUUCCAAACUUUGUAUUGUAUUUUCUACUCACUUAAAUUUCCACUUAAUAUACAGAUGCUGUGGUCAACCCUGAAGAUGCAUUUAAGUUUUACUAUGUGUUCAAAGGCCCGAAGAAGGACCAGUCAAAGAAAUUAUAUUACGUUUAUGGUACAAAUAUGAACAGCAAGGAUGCUGGCAUCAAACACGAAUCAUACAAACCACAAGGCAAAGGAUACAACUGGCCAGAAUCUUUUAGAAAAGCCAACAAUCUGUAUUAUGAGCUCAUAUUUUUAGAACAAGGUGCAACAUUUUAACCUUAUAAUUUUAAUUUAACAUUAAUUUACUGAUCCAAGCAGAAGAUGAGAUACAGCAAGUUCUAUGAGCUCGAGAGCGCCCAAAUCUUCAUCUGAUCACCAAUGAGGUUGGAGUUGAGGGGGCACAAGAUAAGCUAUUUUCCGGAGGCACAAAAUCAGGCCUCGAUAACAUUUUUUGCUGCCUGCGAGCGAAAUUCAAAAUGUGCCUGCAAAAACACAUCGUAUUUAGAUUUUGUGACCUAAAUAUUGUUAAAAUGUCAGUAUUUUAAAAUAUGCGUACAAAAUUCAAAAUGUGCCUGCGAGCGGCGCGCGCACUUUAUCGAGACCGCACAAAAUAUGCUUAAAAUUGCGAUUAAAGUUACAGUAAAACUAGUCUUCACUGCCUAUUUUGAUUUUACACAACCUCGUACCCAGGUUCUUUCCACUACAUUUUACACUAUACUGGAGAAACAAGGUUGGCUGUUAACGAUUUUUGGACUUUUGCCCACUGUAAAGGAACAAGAGGAUUCCACUGAAAUCCCCCAAAAAGGAACAGAACAUUCAUUUCAUUUCUUGAUUUCUGAAAGACAUUUUGUAUCAACUGAAAAGCAAUGAAAUAUUUACAGAAAGUUUUAUUGUUUUAGAUCCUAUUACCCCACAGUACGCAGAUUCGAUCAGUUUGGACUCUGACAUGACAUUUGACAGUGGAAAUACUGGAUCAACGCAAUCCAAGGAAAUGAUAAGGUAAUGGCUGAAUACAGUUGAUGUGUUAUUAGUAUAAUUGCAAAGAUACAAUAUUAAACUCACUGUCUGUUAUAAACCUGCAUAAAAAAUAUUAAGUGUGUUAAUUAAUAUUCUCGGGGAAAACUUCUGAGUAGAAUAAAUACUUAGUUGGUUUUUGAGAACUAUCACUAAGUUCUGUUUCAUGUUCUAGGAUGGUUUUAGAAAACGACGAUAAUGCUGAAGAAAUCAAGAGAAAAUUAGCAGUUAGACUUCUUGUACCUGCUAUCAACAUUCACAUUAUUUUUAACAAAACUGAACUCAGGUAAAUUGGUGUUAAAAUUUUCUAUUAGUCAAAAUGGUGCAGUGUACAUCUUCAGGCAUAUAAUUGAGUAAAAGUCCUGACAGUAUUACAGAAUCCUCCACAGAAAUAUGACAAAUUACUGUUUUCAUGUAAACUCUGAGGUGAGUGACAAUGAGCAACGAGUUAAGUGAACAGAAUAUUUUCUGAGCGUACCACUAACAAAAAUGUCUAUUCGACUAUUCCUACUUAAUAUAUAGCCUAUGUGAAUUUCACUCAGUGGCACUUCUGUAUUUGACCAGUAUCUGUUAUCCUGUAGCGCCUACUUAAACUCUACCUCGCAAGCCAGACUCUUUUCUUCCGCUUCCCUCAACAAGCACUGAUGAAGCAUGUCUAUAGGGACCUCGGAAAGCAGAAAUAAAGAGCCUGCAUGGCUUGCGAGGUUGAUUUAAUGCUUCAACUAUUUCGCUGACCUCAGAAUGAUAUUUCGUCAAAACGUUUUUCUUCAGGAUUGGUUUAGAAACGAAUUUGUAGUAGGGUUAGGUUAGGGUUAGGGUAAGGAUUAGGGUUAGGGUCAGAGUUGGUGUUUGGAGUAGAGUUAGUGUUAGUAAAACCGUUGCUUUGUUACGUUUUGUCACUUUGAGGCCAGCGAAAUAAUCUCUUCCUUGAUUUAACCCCCACCCCAUGUUGUUAAUCAUUAUGUGAGUAUCAUUUUAUUUUGUUUUAUAGCAAUGAAGAUAUAAUUGCAGAUUUACGAUCACCAGAAGAAGGGACAUGGACACAGUUUUCAAUUUUGCUACGACUGAGCUAGUUUUUUUUAUAAAUAAUCAAGACCAUACUUUCAAUUGAUGACGUUUGACUUGUGUUAUCUGUUUCUACUAAUAACGGUAAUACACCCUUCCAGAGACUUGUUUCGGGAUCGUAGCCAUGACUUCAUAUGUUUCAGACCUGUUUAAUAUCUUGUUAAUGGUAACAUAUUGAUGAAAUUACUGAAGGUUAUGAUAGAUAAUGGAAAAUCCUUGCGGAUCCGCGUGCAAAAUGGAAAUAACUUUGGUGAUGAAAACAGCCUCAUAACCAGGAUGUGGGGCACUGAACGGUUGGGGAUGAAAAUCUUGGAAAAUCAUUCCCUGCUCUUCCCUGGAUCAUUGACUGUCAACACUUCAACACGUGAAGUUUUCCACGAUUAGAAAUUUAGGCUCUUUGUACUGUUUGCAGUUAAUAAUAAGUGACUGGAGCGUAUUGUUGUGCAAAGUGUUUUUAGGCCAGCUGCAAAGGCCUAUUUCGGUCACAAAUUGUAAUGGUCGUAAAAAUAGAGUCACGAUCUUUCUCGACGGCCAGUUUAUAAUAGUUUAUACCUGUAAACCACAUAUAAUCAUUAGUAUUCCCUAGUUAUAAUCAUUCCGCGUAUUUUCAGUUCUAAAAUAUUGUAUUUCGGCUGACUGAGAAAGAUCGUUACUCAAUCUUUACGACCGUUAUGACCAUAUGGAAACCAGACUUAAGAUCAACUAGCUCAUCUUUGCAUGGCUAGCUCAUCUUAACAAAGCAUUGCCAUUGGUAGAUUACACAUGCUUGAAUAAUAAAGAACACUUUAAACUUA